AUGUGUUACGUGGGUAAAGCCACGAAGAUCUUCAUCUUCGUAGUCACGGUGUUGGUGAUUCUGGGUCUUAUCUUGGGAUUUGGGCUUCUCCGCCACCCGCUCCAGAAGACCCACAAAUGCUCCGGCGACUCCUGCCGUUCAGUUUCUUCUUCUCCACUUCCCAUGCCCAAUCCUAUAUCCGGUCCACCUACGCCACCCAUCCCAAAUCCAAGCCCUGAUCCCAGUAGCUCCAGCCAGCCCAGCCCACCCAAUCCUAACCCAAGCCCGCCCCCGCCUGACUAUAACCCACCUCCGUCACCGCCGCCUCCAACAUUGGCGGGUCCGCCUUUCAAUCAGCCAAGUCCUGCACUGGUGACUCCUGGCCCUGUGAAUGGUUAG